AUGCCUGCUCGCCGUAAUGGUAAUUAUCAAGGGAAUGGCCUGGGGAACAGACAGCCAGAAGCUCAUGACCGCUGCAAGGAAAUCUAUCGCGACUUGAGGAACGGAUCGUACGUAUUCUCCAACCGAAUCCUUUGCAGUUCCUUUGACCAACAGUACUGGAAGCUAUGA